UCAAGAAUUGCUUUUUUAAGUGAAUUUGAUUUUCUAACUUACACAGAAUUCAGGAGAUAUGAUUAAAAGGGCUAUUAUCUAUUCCCUAUGCAAAUAUUUUAACUGUUGCAGUGUUUGACAAAAUGGGAUUUAAAAAAAAAAGUUUGCAGAGUAGAAAACAAAACGUUCUGUUUACACUGGCGUUGCUGACUAUCCUACUAUAUUCAGCACUUUUAAAUACAUUAUUUAUGAAAAUGUAAUUAAAAUACAAGAUAGAAAAUAUUUAUAAUGAUCAUUUCUUUUAACAAAUGUGUGUUUCUGUCUGAAAGUGUUAGUGUGUUAAGACAUGCUUUAUCCGUGUCAAUUAGAUAUUUACUAUUUGAACAAUAGUUUUCAGUAAAAUGGUGAAAAAAUAUAGCUAUGAAGAUGUUUACAAAAAGUCAUAUUUUUUUCCUAACGAGUGAAGAAAAAGCUAAAAGAAUCAUCACUUCUAUUGUGAAGUUUAUUGUUCCUAAAUUAUCUAAUUUUUUUCUUGAUUAGAAUUGAGUUUGUUAUGCUACUAUGCUGUAUACACAUAUAUGUUGUAAUAUCGUACUCGUUGCUGUGUUUGAGGCACAUGACUAGAAAAUAUGUAAUAUACUAUGAUACACUGCAUGCAUCAAUCUUUUUAAAUGUAGACUUUAUAUUCUUGUUGUUACUAUAUAUGAUGGUGACUUGCUAGUCAUAAGUUAUCUUUAUAAGAUACUUUGGACUAUUAGAUGAAUUGUCUGUUUGACAAUACCUUUAAUAUUUUACCAAAUGUAAAAGAUAAGGGCCCUUAUAAAGAGUCCUAAUCUCUAACUCUGGUCAUUUGUAGAAUACAGAUUUUGAAGCUAGUAUGUCCUUUUGAAAUCUGAUUAGGAAGUUGUGUUGAGAAUGACUCUAGAGUAGAUUUACACAUCAGAUGUUGGUAACCAUGCUAUGUGAGAUUUCCGUGCUAAAUUCCUAUUUUCAGGGGAGGGCAGUGUUUCUCUUUUAAUUUCGAAAUGUUUAAAGUUUCCAUGUAAGAGUAUGUCUGUGUAUUUGCAACUCUACCAGUUUUGAAAGUAUGGUAUAAUUCCUUCAGUUUUAAUUACAGAGCUAUAAUAAACAAAAAAAGCCCUCAACUGGUGUCUACGCUACCAUUCCAAGAGCACAAUAUUUGUUUUGGUAGAGUUUGAUUUUUCCUAGUGAGUAAAUUCCUCCCUGGGGAAAAAUUAGCACUUUAGAAGGUACACUUUAUAUUUUACAUUGCCAAGAUAUCUUUGUAUACUGUUAGAAUCUGCUAAUGCACACAGAAAGAGGUUAAUGCUCUUUAAAUAAUGCCUAACUUCAGAUGUGUCUAUAAUGGAAAGACAAGUAGAGGAUAUAGAUUAUAUAUGAAUAUGUAUACAUAUAUUUAUAUAAAUUGGAGAGAUUUCUUCAGAGAUGGAUCUUGAACAUAGAUCACACUAAUAAUGAAUGCAUGAUGCUUCUUUACUCUGGAUAACUAUUAUUAUGUUACCUAAAGGUAAUACAGAUGUCCCGACAGUGUUAUAGGGCAGCUCUAAGCACAGCAGGUGCACUGGCAAGAGAACAAUAGCAAAACACAAUUUUGAUAUCAACACUAUGAAGUGCAAAAAUCAAGACCAUAAUGUGGUCAUUUUUUUUUUAAUUUUAAAAUAUGUACAUAGGAUGACCAGUUCUGAUAUUUGGUCAUGGUGCAUGGGGUGUUUAUUCGUAUCCUUUAAUGCUGCCUAGAUUCUUACUUGUGGAAUGAAAUGUGUACCAUAUAUUUACCUGAUAGCUCAGUUUUGCAAAAAGACUAUAGAAAUAGGUAAAUAGUAUUUAUUUAUUAGGGGCAAAAAAAUACACUUUCACCCCAUUAAGCUGAUUUAAAAUAAUACCUGAUUCUUAUUUUUUGAAUUUAUCCAUUUUUUUCUAUACACUUUUAACUUACAUUGAAAAAAAUGUCAUAUUGUAAUUGUAACAAACUACAUUUGCCAAAAAAAUGCAAUAUACCAGAUGUGUUGAGGAAGAAAUAUACAAGGAAGAAAUUUUAACUACAAUCAGAAAAUAGGAAAAUAAGCCACCUAAAAUUUCUUAGAUCCAAAAUGUCUAUAGAUAGAACCCUGUCAAACUUGAGUUUUGAAAACUUUGCAUUAGAUACAUUGGCAAAUUAUUUUGAAAAGUGGUAAAGAUAUUUCCAGAAUUUUUUUGGCCCGUGUAUUUAUGUUGACAGUUUAUGACCUUAAUUUUCAUAGUUUUCAGACACUUAUAUUUGCAUGCUCUUUUCAGUUUUUUAAAAAUUUCUGACCAAUAUAAAAUGUUUGUUCUCCUGAGAAAACAAUACUCAAUCUGCAAAAAGUUUAGUUACUCCUUACUUGCUGCAACUUCAGAUAUUUACCAAUGAAACUGAUACCAAAAACUUGCUUCAGAUCUUCCCUGCAGCACUCUUAGUAGUAUCCUUGCAACACACAACAGUGCACAGAGCGAUGUUGUGUUUCCAGAUACCAGGCUUUAAUUAUAAAUUUGGUUUCAAGUUAUGUUUCUGUCUCAUGUGACUUUGGGCAAAUCACUUAUCCUCUCUGAGCCAGUUUCUUUAUCUUCAAAUGAGGAAUAUAAUAAUUUACAGGAUGGCCAUGGGAAUGAAAUAAACAUGGAAAGAGUAAAGUGUUACAUAUAAUAUUAUUAUUUUAUCAAAGUUCUCCAGCUCAAUAAUAAUUCCCAUUUUCAAGAAUGUACGUAUUAAAUGCCAUUUUAAUGCACUUUCCCCCGAUUUUUUUCAAACUGUACUUUAAAAAUCAGAUUUAAUUAUUCAUUAAAAAAUACAACCAAGCUUAUUUUAAGACAGAGGAAUAUAUGAAUAUGUUAUUGCUUUGUUCAAUAAUGUGAUUCAAAAUCACUGUUCUCAGCUCACCAACAUCACACUGAAGCUACAAACAAGAAAUAUGUUUCUUUCAAUGGCACACACACACAAAGAUAUAUAUAGAUGUGCAUAUGCAUAUGUGUGUGUGUAUAAUAUUGUAGGUUUAAAUCAAAGUUUAAAUAAGAGAAAUCAUUUGAAAAUUUUAUUUCCACAGGAAAUAAAACAUUCCCAAGGAUAGGAAGAAUAUAAAUAUCAGUUAAUUUGCCAAAUAAAUAUGUGGUGGUUAGAGGUAAAACUAAAUUAAAAGAGAUUGGCCUGUAGAAAACAUUGAUACUGGCACAGAAUAGAAAGCAUUCUUUUUACUAUUAAGGUAGUAUGAUUUUUUAAAUAAUUUUAUCAUGAAAAUAUGAAAAUAAAAGAAUAAAAGGCAGUUGUAUGUCCAUAAACUUUUUCAUUAAACCUUUUAUUUUAGAAUAGUUUUAGAUUUACAGAAAAAUUGCAAGGACAGUAUAGAUAGAACCCAUAUAUGACACACCCAUGAAACAUUUGUCACAAUUAAUGAAACAAUAUCAAUGCUUUAUGCAGUCUACACUUUUUAGAUUCCCUUAGCUUUUAACUAAUGUCUUUUUUCUGUUCCAGGAUUCAAGAUACCACAUUACAUUUAGUCAUCAUGUAUCCUCUUAGCUGUGACAUUUUCUCAGACUUUUCUUGUUUUUGAUAACCUUGGUAGUAUUGAGGAGUACAGGUCUAGUAUUUUGUAAGACGGCCCUCAACUGGAAUUUGUCUGAUCUUUUUCCCACGAUUAGACAGGUGUUACCACUUUUUGGAAGAAAGACGGCAGAAGUGCCAUUCAUAUCACACCAUAUCAAAGGUACAUACCAUCAUUACGACUUAUUAUUGUUGAUGUUGAACUUCAUCACCUGGCUGAGGUAGUGUCUGUUAGGUUUUUCCACUGUAAAGUGAUACAUUUUUUAAGAGGGUAUAUUGGACGUAAAUCUACUGGACAUUCACACUGAGAUAAAAAUAUUCUGAGCAGAUUCCUCAGCAUUGCUACUAGGUUCCAUUAAAUGACUGCUAACCAAUACUAUGAAGCAAAUAAAAUGAACUGGAAAUUGAUAAGGGAAAGUAAAACUCCAAAAUAGUGUUAGCUUCAAUAUUCACUUAAAGGAGGUGAAAGUUAACUUUUUCCCUUGAACUACCUGUAUAAUUACCUUAAUCCUCUGCAUCCCUUGGAUAGUGAAGAUUUUAGUUUUACUGUCAUAAAAGGUAAUCUAAAUUGAUGAUCAUUUUGCUGAGUACUUUUCUAUAUUGCCUUCCACUGAACAAUGAACACUGAAUACUGGAAUAAUGCUUGAUUUUUUUCCCCUUGCUUUAAACUAUUUGUCAUAAAUACAGUGUAUCUUGUAUAUGAUUUUAGGAUGUUUGCUAAAUAUUAAAAAGUAUAUCAAUGUGUUUGGUUCUGUAAAAUUUAUAUUGAACGUGUGUAAUUUUUUCUACCAUGUUCAUUGUACUUAAUAAUCUAUAUCCAUAUCUUGGACUUCACCAAUAUUUAUUAGUGGACCAUAAAGAAAUUCUGAAUGCAUGAAUAUAACUUGAGACGCCAUGUUUGGUUAUUUUGCAAUGCCAGAAUAACUGUAGGUACUUAUAAAUUGAAUAGAUAAUCCAGAUUAUUUUUCCACCAACUUAAGUUGUUUUGGGUUUUUAUGCCCCCUUCCUUGAAUCUAUUUUAUUAUUUUACCUAUGUACAAUAACAGACUUCCUGAAAAUGCUAGAAUUUUCAACAUGUAAUAGAAUUUGAGCAUGACCAUAAUGGAAAAAAAUUCAGAAAUCUUGAACAGUGUAUAUUUCUUUGAGUUUUCAAAGUAAAACUAAAGCUGUUUUCAUUUGACUAUAUUGUGGAAACCUAUGGAUAUUAUUGUAAAAUGCACAUGCAUUACACUGACUUUUUUAAAAUGUUUUGAAUAAAGAAUUCACCAAUGUAUCCUUAGAAAAGUUACUGUUUCCUCAUUGGUGUAACACUAUAGGAGUAAAGGUGCACUUAAUUAUGUUGCUUAAAUUGCUUACACAUCUGAGGGAAAAUAAUUUCUGGCAGGUUUCUUUACAUUGUUCUAUAAGGUUAUCACUUAUUACAUUUUUGCACUUUUUAUAAAUAAUAAAGUAUAUUCUUGAAAUAACUCGUUUUGAGAAUUCAGCUGAGAGAUUUAUGUUGAGUUCAAGUAGCUCCCACAAUUUCUAUGCUUAAACUAAUAUUCAAAGUUGAGUUUAGACAUGGAAAAUAACUAUUCCUAAAAGAGAUACAGACAACCCAAUCAGUCCUGUUCUAUACUCGGAUUAGAAUUUUUUAAGUUGGGUUUGGAUCACUAUUUUAAAGCAAAACAAUUUUAUAAAGUAGUGUGGCUUUAAUACACAUUCAAAGUGAAAGAAGAUUUGAGUUAGUUGAAGCUUCUAAGUAGCAAAACCUAUUUUUGUUCUAUAUUAUUUGGAGAGUCAGCUCACUCUACUUCACUUUGCAUUUGUAUGCAGAGAGCAAAGAAACGAACAGAGGCAAUACAAGCUCAUUUUAUAAGAAUUUUAUACUUAACCUCAACAAUCCUGAUUAGAUGACUUAAGGAUGACUUAACCUUGUCAAGGGCUCCCGUACUUUACCAUUUUUUUAAAAAAAUAAAUCGGAAGAUUUUGAGUAUGUUAGGUCUCUGUACAGUUACACCACCACUUAGUAAAUCCUGCGCAAACCAGUUAGGUAGUGGGAGUUCCCAAAUUGAACGUUCAGCCCUUGCAUCCUCGGGCCUGUCUAGAUUGUAUUAUUCCCUCAUAUACUUUCCUCUGGUGGGCUAUGGAAAGGUCUUUUGAAAAAUGCAAAAGCAUUAUACGAGUAAACGUCAGUAUUCCUGGCACUAAUCCACUCUCAAGUUUGGGGGUGGAGGUUGGUGGCUUUGGGGGGUGGGGCUACCGGAGGCGGGGCUCUGAAGGCUUUGCUGGGCUGUGAUUAGUUGCAACACGCAACGGCUCAACCACCUUAAAAAGUAGCUCAGUAACAAGGAGUAAGUGAGAAUGGGCAUGAGACUCGGUGUGGAAGGAAGCCGUUUAAAAGCAGGUAAAUUAAGUGGCAGAUAAAGGGCAGGAAAGCGGACUGCUAAAUCACUCCGUGGUCGCCUUCGAGUCCACUUGUCACGUCUUUGUUAAUACGAACCUUAACCACCGUCGAAAAGAGAAAUAUGAGCAGGAAAAUUGGAAGAGUAAACACACGUACACAGUGAUAACCAUCCUACAAUUCGCUCUUGGAGACGACAGUCCAGGCUAGCACGAGAGAGGACAUCCGUGCUGUGACCUCAGCCCCUGUAGCGGACACUACACUGCCCUCCAUUGCUGUACUUCAAAUUCUCACUGAGGGCCUGGGAGACAAAUCUUCGACGUCAGAAAACGUCAUGACAACCUAUUGCUUUCUCCUUCCGGUCUAACACUCCGCCCCCGCUCGUUCAAGGAGGUGUGUCUGACCUAGCCUUUAGAGGAGGUGCCCGAGGCCUCUCGGACCCGCCCCUAUCGCUUUCGGCUCUGCCCCUCAACUUCCGGCCUCCACGCAUAAUACGGCAUUUAAAAAUACUUGGCCGGAAGUUCCCAACCAGGCUUCCGGGAGGCCCUUUUAAACCGGCGCGUGCGCUGGGCGGGGCUUGGCUAGGUCUCGCCCCUAUUGCCAAGCUGCGCGGUGUCGCGAGAUUUGCUCUGUCCGGAACUUCCGGCUCUUGUCCGCUUCGGACAUCCGGCUGUAGCUAUGCGGUCCAGGUUUCUUCGGAGUGCGUUUCGGGGCUUUUGGGCUCGGCAGGCUGCUGGCCCGGCCCGCCGACACGUAAGCUGCGGUAGCCUUCCACUGGAGGAGCUAUUCGCCCGCGGCGGACCCCUACGGACCUUCCUCGAGCGCCAGGUACGGUCUGAAGUCCAGUUGCCGGUCAGGCGGCCUGAGCUGGUGGCGGUGGCCAAGCUUCUGAACGAAAAGGAGCAGGAGCUGCAGGAGACUGGGCACCUGCUACAUGAUGAAAAUGAAGACUUAAGGAAACUUGCAGAGAGUGAAAUAACUUCAUGUCAAAAAGAAAUAGCUCAACUGAAGCAUCAGAUUAUCUUACUUUUGGUUCCCUCGGAAGAAGCGGAUGAAGAUGAUUUGCUCCUGGAGGUAACUGCCGGAGUUGGGGGUCAGGAGGCGACGUUGUUCACUGCAGAGAUGUUUGAUAUGUAUCAGAAGUAUGCUGCAUUUAGAAGAUGGCAUUUUGAAACCCUGGAAUAUUUCCCAAGUGAAAUAGGUGGCCUUAGACAUGCAUCUGCCAGCAUUGGGGGUUCAGAAGCCUAUAAGCACAUGAAAUUUGAAGGAGGUGUGCACAGAGUACAGAGAGUGCCCAAGACAGAGAAGCAAGGCCGCAUCCACACCAGCACCAUGACUGUGGCGAUCUUACCCCAACCCACUGAGAUUAAUCUGGUGAUUAAUCCUAAAGAUUUGAGGAUUGAUACUAAGCGAGCCAGUGGAGCUGGGGGGCAGCACGUAAAUACCACAGACAGUGCUGUCCGGAUAGUUCAUCUCCCAACAGGUGUUGUUUCCGAAUGCCAACAAGAGAGAUCUCAACUGAAAAAUAGAGAGAUGGCUAUGAAAAAGUUACGUGCAAAACUAUACAGCCUGCGGGUAGAAGAAGAAACAAGUAAACGAUACAAUGCUAGAAAGAUUCAGAUUGGCACUAAAGGAAGGUCAGAGAAAAUAAGAACAUACAAUUUUCCACAGAACCGGGUCACAGAUCACAGAAUAAACAAGUCACUUCAUGAUCUUGAAACUUUUAUGCAAGGAGAGUAUCUGCUGGAUGAACUUGUACAGUCAUUGAAGGAUUAUGCUAAUUAUGAAUCUUUGGUAGAAAUUAUUUCCAGCAAAGUUUAAGUUGAUUUGUUAUUAAAGACUUGUAUAGCUUAUGAAAAUUCUAUUAUGGCAAGUCACAUUGUGUACAUACCAGUAUUCUCUUGAAACACAUGAGUUAACACAGUUGGGAGUAACAUGUUUUUAAUACAUAGGUAAUUUAUA